GAUCAACUUGUGAUUGCAGCUCACGCUUCUGACACUAUCGCCAAUAUGUCGCACGACUAUGAUUACAUAAAGGACUCGAACAGGAAGAAGCGCAAGUUCGGGCUUAGCAAGCCUGGUCACAAUGCGCUUAUGUCAGGCGGUUUGCCAUCGCCAGAACAAGAACAGCCCGCGGAAGACGUUGAUGCGGAUCACAGUAAGGCGAGGAAGAAAAUAAAGAAGGAUCACAAGAAGCAGAAGACUGGCCCUGUAAAAGAUAUUCAUGCGGAGGUGCAGAAGAACGGUCAGACUGCGGUAAACAGCGCGCCAGAGUUCACCGAAGAAAAUGAGAAGACUCGUGCCACGAAGGACGUUGAAGAUCAAGCCGCGGAGAGGGCAAGGAAGAAGGCCAGACGCGAGGAGAAGAAAUUGCGGAAGCAGCAGCUUGGUGUGGCGAAGCAGGAUGCGGCAACAACUGGUGCCGCAGAUGCACCCGUCGUAAAGGGUGUGCGCGACAAUGUGCAAAGCAAUGGCGACGUCGAUUACGCUUCUGCGCACGCGAACGGUGCGAUGGAGGGUCACAUGAAAGAGAUAGAGGUGGAAAAGCAGGCCAAUGCGCAAUUAAAAGAGGCCGCCGUUGGAACGGAUGCUGCUGGGGUUGAGGAUGAGUUUGCGGACUUUGAUGGCGAUGGCGAUGUCGACGGAGCUGAUCGGGCUGAUGGUGCGGAGGCUGAUGAGGGAGUCAACGGAAUUCAAGAAGAAGGGAUUCUUGACCAGGACGACGAGGAAGUGAAGGAAAACGGCGACCUUGGCCCGCCGUCCGACCUUCCGUCCGCGCUGGGUGUCCGGCUACCAGACACAUCCGCCGAGCCGCAGAAGUUCGCCGAGCUGAAAUUGUCCGACAAGACGAUGAAAGCAAUUAGCGAAAUGCCAUUUGACACCAUGACCGAGAUCCAGCGUCGAGGCAUUCCACCUUUACUAGCUGGUAAAGAUGUCCUUGGUGCAGCAAAGACCGGCUCUGGAAAGACACUGGCCUUCCUCAUCCCUGCUGUAGAAAUGCUUUACUCACUCAAGUUCAAGCCUAGAAACGGCACGGGCGUCAUUGUUGUGUCGCCUACACGUGAACUGGCUUUGCAAAUCUUCGGAGUUGCUCGCGAGCUGAUGGAACACCACUCGCAAACGUUUGGUAUCGUUAUCGGAGGUGCCAACAGGCGGGCGGAAGCUGAGAAGCUGAGCAAAGGCGUCAAUCUACUCAUAGCGACACCCGGCCGUCUCCUCGAUCACCUGCAGAACACACAGGGCUUCGUGUUCAAGAACGUCCGCGCCCUAGUUAUUGACGAGGCAGACCGGAUUCUCGAAGUAGGUUUCGAGGACGAAAUGCGGCAGAUCAUCAAGAUCCUGCCGAAAGAGGACCGACAGACAAUGCUCUUCUCCGCCACGCAAACGACCAAAGUUGAGGACCUGGCGCGGAUAUCGUUGCGACCUGGCCCGCUGUACAUCAAUGUCGACCAUCACCAAGAACACAGCACCGUCGCCGGGCUUGAACAAGGCUACGUCAUCUGCGAGGCUGACAUGCGCUUCCGCUUACUCUUCACCUUCCUCAAACGACAUCCCAAAAAGAAGAUCAUCGUCUUCUUCUCAAGCUGUAAUUGCGUCAAGUACUAUUCGGAGCUACUCAACUACAUCGAUUUACCGGUAUUGGACUUGCAUGGCAAGCAAAAGCAGCAAAAGCGGACGAACACUUUCUUCGAGUUCUGUAAUGCGACUCACGGCACGUUGAUAUGUACGGAUGUGGCCGCGAGAGGGCUUGAUAUUCCCGCUGUGGACUGGAUUGUGCAAUUUGAUCCACCGGAUGAUCCUCGCGACUACAUCCAUCGCGUCGGUCGAACCGCGAGAGGUGCAACUGGAAAGGGCAAGAGCUUGAUGUUUUUGCAACCGAAUGAAGUGGGCUUCUUGGGCCAUCUCAAAGAGGCGAGGGUACCACUCGUGGAGUUCGAGAUCCCACCCAAAAAGAUUGUCGAUAUUCAAAGUCAGCUUGAGGCGCUGAUUGGAAAGAACUAUUACUUGAACAGGUCCGCUAAGGAUGGCUACCGAUCUUACCUUCAAGCGUACGCCUCGCAUUCCCUGCGGUCGGUCUUUAACGUCAACCAGCUCGAUUUAAAGAAAGUGGCGAAGAGUUUCGGCUUCCCUACGCCGCCACGCGUGGAUAUCAAUCUGGGAGCGAGUAUGAAGAAGGGUCCGGAAGGGAGGAGGAGUUAUGGCAGUCAGCCGAGGCAGAAGAACGGUUUCAUGCAUAAGCGGCACUGAGUGGUAGGGUCCGGAAGCGGCCAUCGCAGCGCACAGCACGAUGUCGUCGAAUACCUCUAGAUCUGUGGGGCACAUCCACACACCUUGUAACAUCCGAUGCUGUGUUACUGUCAAUGAUAUCGACGCUUUCAUCCUUAUCAGACUCGCAAUCGGACUACUUGUAG